AUGAAGAAGACGCUUUUGGAGGGCCCCGAUGUUGUGGUGAUUGAGUUGGGGUGGGUCUUCAUGAACGGCCUGUCGCAGUUGGAUCCAGAGAUGAAAUUCUUCUGGGGACCCAUCCUCAAAGACAUCCUCCCCAGGUUUGGGGGCAAGAUCAUCUUUUCCUUGGGCAUCGUAAGCCCCUUCAAUGCGCAAAUUUGCAACUCACACCACUGUGCCAUCACCUGGGAACGUGCGCGGUAUGCCCGGCACUCGCUCGCGGAAGUGGUGAAUUCAUGGCCGCCUAACCUGAGGCAGGCAGCCAAGUCGAAGGUUGUGGUCAUCGAUCCUGCUCCCAUGGCUCUGCCGAUGUUCUUCGAUGGGGAGACGAGCAUGACCGACAAGACUGCUUCUCAGCACUGGCAUCGCUAUGAACGUUCGAAAGCACCUGGACGCAAGGUCUUCGGGGUCGUCGCAGACACUGUCGGCAAUCUGUUUCUCUCGGAGCUCUUGCGCGCCAGCCAG